GCGGGGAGGAGAGGGAGCUGGCGGUGGUGGGGCGGGAGCGGAGCCCGCGCCACAUGUCGUACGCGGUGCAGGGCCGUUUCCUGCGCUCGCUGGCUGCCGCGGGCGACGGCUCGGCCGCGCCAUCGCCGUCCCAGUCCCCUGCCGCGGCGGCGGAGGGCGCCCCGAGGAAGUGGCGGUCCAGGCGGGAGGUCGUCGAUUGGCUCUCUUCUCUCGUUUCCGGUUGUAAUGAUGGGACUUACUCAAUGGCUAAUAGGUUCCAUGGAAAUUCGUAUGAUGACAUUGAUGUUGACUUCGUUGAUGUUGCUGCCUCAAUGGAUGUUUCUACUACUCCAUUAGUUGGGAACAGCUCGAAAGACUUAACAUGGUUAGGUCCUGCAUGGCACUGCCAAAAAAGAUGGAAACACUACAGAUCCUUCUGCCGUAGGGGAAUUACUAUUUCGGUGCAUAAUUUUGUAUACAUCAUGAGCGAAGAGAAGAAGCGACUCAUUGCCUAUGUGGAGGAUCUGUAUGAGGACUCAAAUGCACUCAACAUGGUCAUUGUACGAUGGUUUGACAAAGUUGAUGAGGUUGGUGUUGAAUUGCCCCCAAAUGUUGAUGACAGAGAGAUUUUCUUUUCUCACGGUCUUCAAGAUCUCAAUGUUGAAUGCAUCGAUGGAUUGGCUGCAGUCCUUAGCGCUCAGCACUUCGAGAAGUUCCAGAGUGGCAUGAAACACAGCUAUUGGCAGCCUUACCUUUGCCGCCGUCAGAUCAAUAAUGAUGAUGUCAAACCUUUUGACAUCACGCAGUUGCAAGGGUAUUGGAGCCAGGAAUUGCUUAAGGCCAUGUUUAAUGCAGGUUCUUCUUUAAAGAGGCGUCUUCCUUCUGGUGGGUUCCUUUCGGAUUCUGUAGAUUUGGACCAUAGCCUUCAAAAACAGCUAAAUCCUGGUUGCCAUGCUGAAAUCCUGUCACAGGACAGUGGCAUAAGGGGCUGUUGGUUUAGAUGCUCAAUCUUAAAGAGGCAUAGAGAUAAGAUCAAGGUGCGAUACCAAGAUCUUCAGAAUGCUGAUGAUACAGGAAAUCUGGAGGAGUGGGUUUUGCUGACAAGGAUCGCUAAUCCUGAUCAGUUGGGUAUUCGCAUCUCUGGAAGACCAAUGGUUCGGCCACGCCAUGUGAUGCAAGAUAGCAAGGACCCAUGCUCCAUUGAUAUUGGUGCCCUUGUUGACGCAUGGUGGAAUAGUGGCUGGUGGGAGGGUAUUGUAUUGCAGUGUGGAAAUGAUGGACGUCUUCAAGUUUAUUUUCCAGGAGAAAAGCGGGUAGCCUAUUUUGGUAUAUGUGAUUUGAGGCAAUCACUUGAGUGGGUCGGUGACAGAUGGAUUCCUUUGAAGGAACGAAAAGACAUCAUGAGCCACUUGCCUCCUACUCCAGAAUGUGAAGAUGGAGCCUUUAGCAAACUAGUCAGCCAAAAGGAUAGUCCUUCUACAGUACCAGAAUCUGGCGAGAGGUGCGAUGAGAAAUCUUUGGGCAACAAGAUCUCUCGGGGUCAGAAGCGUGUUCUGGCUGAUCUCACGAAUGAUCUGAAGCUUGAUAACCUGAAGUGGAUGGCAAGAAAGCGGAGCAGAAGAUGCAGCUCGAAAAGGCAGUCAGGCACUAGCAGCGGUAGCAGCAGCCAGGGAGACAUGGAGGAGUCUAGUCCCUGUGGAAUUAAUUCAGUGCCUGAUGAAGAAGUUUGCAAGAGCAAUGGAGAGCCAAUUUUCAUCGGUUUGCCAGUUUCCAGCUUGGUGAUUUCCAGGAGGAUGAUAGAGCACUAGCUGACUGACUUCCUCUUCCAGAUUUCAACAGCCUCGGCGAGAUGUGAGUUUUGCUGCAUCCCCGUGUUAUUUUGUCCUGGGAUCUGGAUCAUAGAAAUUUUGAAAGCUCAUCCGCGCUGACAUGUCUCUUUGGUGUCAUCAUGGCAAGUAUACAGUUGUAUCUACAACUAAUUUAUAGAGUUUUGGUUUUCCUUUUGUAGCCAGUCCUGGUAGGAUACAGUAGGAGUUCAUUUUGUAGGGGGGAAAUAUGUCUCGAGUUGUAAUUCCAGUUUGGCAGUUUCCAAAGUCCUUUUUGUUGGCAUUGCAGUGAUCUAAAUUUAUUCAUAAUUGUUAUAGAAGCUGGGCUUAUCAAACAA